AUUCGCGCCAAAAAUUUUUGUUGAUUUUAUUUAGCAGUUAUCUAUCACGAUGACCACCUUAAUUGAACAACUAAUCACAAAAAUGGGUCUUAGAGACGAGCCAAAUGUCCUGGAAAAGACCACGGAGCUAGUGCGUCUGCUUGAGUUGCGGUCCUCAAAUGUCCCUUUGCAAAUUAACGAAUACGGGAAAAUAGUCAUAUGCGCCGACUUGGCAUCUUGCCUUCUGGCCAUAGGAUUCGAUAAGGAGCAGGCCUUGAAAUUGUCGGGUCUGCGUAAGAGUCACUACCAAAACACCAAACGGACAUUGGAAAAACUUCUAGAUCUCAAUAAAUUAGUCAGUGUCAAUGAUAUUUGUGUUCAACUCAAUCUCAACGAGGUUUCACGCAAGGCCGGUGAAUUAAUGACUCUCUUCAAAGCCGUAGUUGCAUCUGAGAAUUCGGAAAUUGAUACGGAUCAUCCUCAAUAUGCGGCUAUAGCUGUAUUCCAUGCCUGCCGCCUAAUGAAACAUAAAGUUUCCAAGACCAAACUUAUGCCAUUUAGUAAUCUGCGUCCCACACAAUGGCAACAAUUGGAAUUGCAAUGGGAACGCAUGAUUACCAAACACUACAAGGAGGUCAAGGAUAUAGGAAACAGUGCCAAUAAUUUAGAAGAUAAACUAAAACAGAGCCAACAAGAUAACAUAUUAAGAACACAAACCUCAAAGAAGUCUGAACCCGAAACAGAGGACUAUGAUAAAUGGAAAUCUCGCAUGUUGGCCAUGGCUCAAGCCAAGCUAAAAGAAUUGGAAGCCACUGCUCCUGAGGCAACGAUUUAACCAGUUUUAGAUGCCCAGUCUUAGGUUUUCAAAUACAAAUACGAAAAUUAUGUGAGUACAAACAUAAGUGAACUUAAUUUAUUAUUUUAGCACCUUGCAAUAAAAAACAUAUAAAAAAUG